AUGGAGGACCAGUGCUUCAGAAGGCCGCUGUCCCACCUGUUAGCCACGGUGUCCAGGAGGCUGUGGCGGCUGCCGCGUACCCUACCAAGCAUCGCGGCGCAACGCUUGCGGAGCGUGGCGUGGAAACCGUCCACGCUCGCAUCCGCAAACAUCCCGGACGCGCUGCAGUAUCGCGGCAGCCGCAACAGCACCCUGAAUGCAUCGUUGUACUGGACCCGCAGAGCAUUUAGCGAUCGCUGGGUAUAUCUGGUCCAUAGGCUGCAGGUAUACAGCGAUGUACAGGAACCAUUUAGUACGGGUAACAUGGAAAAUGAUAAAAAUGAAGAGAAAAAGAAGUCAAAAAAACGAUCAAAACAGGACAGUACAGCUUAUAAAAAACAUCGUGAAAAGGCUAAUGCAAGGAAACGCAAGUUUUUAGAUAAAAUGACACCUGAACAAAGAGAGGUGAAGAGACUGAAAGAUAGGGAAUAUUACCAAAGAAAGAAGGCUGAAAAUAAAGUUAAGACUGUUAGUGAUAUGACUGAAAGACAGAAGAGGAAACAAAGAAAGUUGUGGAGAAAAAAUUCUCAAAAGUAUAGACAAAAAAAAAAGAUGAUGGCAAAUAUUUUAGCUAACAGCCCGCCAGAUUCUGAAAAUGAGAUAGAAAACGAUAAUCGCGUGUCAAGGAAGACAUCAGGAAGAAAACAGGUUAAAAAAGAUAAAGCACAGGCUUACAGAACUGUUAAAAAACAGAAAAAUAAAAUACAAAAAAUGCAAAGAAUUAUAGACCAGUUGCGAAAAAAAGUACAGAGAAACAGAAGACGCGAAGAACGAGCAUCCCAAAAGAUUGCUGAUACGCCUACUCGCAAAGUUGAUGAAUUAACAAGAGGAUGUUCUGUUACUCCUGAAGUUCGUAAACGUCUAUUAUUUGGCGAAGUUUUGACAACCCAACUAAAAGACACCGUUGAUAAAUUACCCAAAAAUUCUAAACAGCGAGAGGCUUUUCAAAAAUGCGUCAGUGGCAACCGUAUCAAAAAACAUCGUUUAAAUAAUAUGACUAAACAAUUUCUACGCAAAAAUAAAAAUAAUGACAAUAUUUUAAUAUCUAAUCGGAAGCAUCCAACAUUUUUAAUCACUAAUCAGAUUCGUGGAGAAAUUCAUAAGUUUUUUGAGCGGGAUGAUAUCAGCAGAAUGUGCCCUGGUAAGAAAGACUGCCUCAAGGGAAAUAAACAAAAGCGGUUGCUUCUAGUCACUGUAAAAAAAUUGCAUCCUCAAUUUUGUGCUGAGACUGGAAUUCGAGUAUCUUAUUCGACACUUUUGAGAGAGAAGCCUUAUUGGGUAGUACAAGCUACAAAAUGGGAUCGAGAAACUUGUCUUUGUGUAAGGCACGAAAAUUUUGAAUACAAACUGGGCAAAUUGAACCGACUAGGAGAGCUGCCGCACAAAUCCAUAUCCGAAUGUAUAAAAGCGUACAGCUGUGACAUUACUUCUUAUGAUUGUAUGUUUGGUUUGUGCGAUGAAUGCAAGGAGAUCAAAAUGGAAUCGGGGAGUAAUGAAGAUACCAUUGAAUAUUUUCAGUGGCAAGUAACAAAAGAAGACCGAAUCAUAAAAGGAGAGAAGAAAAUCGUCAAACUUACUAAAAAAGUUACUGUUACAAGCAUAGUCAAAGAUUUAAAAAUGUCUAUAGCUGCGGAUAUUUCUCCAAUGAAAAAACAUGUUUAUGGAAUUAGCGAAAACUUGAAGGCCAAAAAUGAACUAAAAGAUAAUUUAAAAGAAACAGAGCUAAUGAUUCAAAUUGAUUUCGCUGAAAAUUAUAUGACAAAAUAUGCGAAAGAGAUUCAGUCGGUUAGAUUCGGAGCUUCAAAAGGUCAAUUAUCGAUCCACACUGGGGUUUUUUAUGCCAGAAACAAUACCUCUCUAGAAACUGUUUCAUUUGCCACUGUGAGUGACAAUUUGGAUCAUCAGGCUCAUGCUGUAUGGGGUCACCUGAAAUCAGCGUUACAGAAAAUAUUGUCAGGCCACACGUAACUACCCUUCACGUGUUUUCAGAUGGACCCACAUCCCAGUAUCGAAACCGUACAAACAUUUACUUAUGGAUUAAAACCUUAAUAGACCAAUUUCCGCAAAUAACUGCUUCAUCGUGGACAUUCAGUGAACCAGGUCAUGGUAAAGGUCCAAUGGAUGGUGUAGGAGGAACGCUAAAGAAAAAUGCUGAUGAUGAAGUAUUACGAGGAAACGAUGUAAAUACAGCUGCAGAUUUUGUCCGUUUACUCAGUACAUCUGUUUCACUCCAUGAAGUCACUAACGAUGAAAUAGUUGCAAUCAAAACCUUAAUACCUGAAAAGAUAGAUGCAAUCCCCGGAAUCAUGAAUGUAACUAAGAUUAUCUGGCAGAAAGCUUCUGAUGUCACCAUACUACUGUAUCAGUUUUCAAAAUUGUUGCGAGAAAUGAAACUGCAGGCAUUUUCAGUCGAAGAUAGAGAUAAAGAAAGUCCAGUGCCAUUAGAAAUGAUAGAUUUAGACAUAGAAAAUAAUGAUGAGUUUCU